AUGAAGUAUUUGCUUAUUGAAAUGUUUUAAGAACAUGCUUUUGAGUGCUGAUAUUUGAUGGUCAUUUUCUACGGUAAAAUUCAUGAAAGAUUCAUUUCAAGAAAGAACGCAGGAAUCGGGGGUUGGGCGCGCAAGGAAAGCGAAAGUUACGGAACAAUGUUCAGGGCCAUUGCGCUCAAGGCGCUUUGAAAUUAUGAAAAAAAUAUUGCAGCCACCGUAAAUAGCCAAGAGGCAACGGGAGCUUACUUUUACUGAAAGGGGGGAAUUUCAUAUAUCCCAUGAUGCUUCGCGGCUAAUUUAUAUCUUCUCUUCGCGGCUGAAAAAGCGUUCGAAGGUUUCGAGGGAGAUUUUCAAUGAGCUGAAUUUCAAGAUGGAGCUCAUCCCAGGUAAGUUUUAAUGCGCUCUGUUAAUCUUUGGUGUCUGAUUGAUAAUUUAAAAUGUUUCCUUGGUCAUUUCACGCAUUAUUGCUCUCGUUUUGGGCUAUGUUAAACCAUGCUGUUUUAACUCGCAAGUGAGUGCUUAUUUAGAUGACCUACAAUUAUCGAAAACUGUCUUUAUUUUGGCGAAGUUUUGCUCUGAUAAAUUAUUCAUAUCAGCGGACAAAGGGUGCUUGAUACUAGUUCCACGCUCCGACCUCUUUCGACCUCGCGAUUUUUAUGGGUUUGUCCGUUUUGAAAUAUCGCAUUUUCUGCCCUUUCUCAGCUAUGCUAAGUCCUGCGAAGAUGGGGCAUUUUUUUUCUUGAGUUCGCUCUUUUUUGGCUUAUCGAAAUACAUAUAUUAGCCCACGAAGAUAUGAUGAAUGCGUAAUUUCAAUGGUUUUUAGUAUCAAAACGUUUUUGUUUCAUUUUAGGCAAAAUUGGUUUCUCAUUGUGGCUUCCGGUCGCAAACGCGCGUGGGGAACUUGAAAUGUAAAGGCCGGCAAAUGUCAUGGAAUGGCAUGCCGUAGGACCUCAAGGCCAUUGCGCUUAAGGCGUUUUGAAGUUAUUUAAAAAAAAUAUUGAAGCCACCGUAAAUAGCCCAGAGGCAACUGAAGCUUACUUUUACUAAGACAAUUUUAUUCUCCUUAUAAUAGCAAUCAGUUUCAAAGCUGGAAAAACCAACGUCACUGUCAAAAGUCCAGAGUUGUUCGCUUGUGAGACAAUCACAUUUGCUGAAUCGUUCUCUGGUGGAAAGCCAGUAAAAGUCUUUGCUUUCUUUGGUCACUCAGUUAACAACAGGGCCCGUGGUAAUGGUGCUGCUAUUUGGGUGGAAUCGGCAGAUAGAACUCAAUUCCGCACUUGUAUCUACGAGUACGGCAACGCCUGAAAUUCAACUGCUGAGAUAAACUGGAUUGUCCUACAAUCUGCUCCCAAAGGAACAGAAAUAGGAACCUCUUCCUUUGACUCUUGGACUACCGGAACAGAAUGUAAAAAGGUCAACUUUCCUCAGGUACGUUCCAUUUUACCGCAGAUUCAGCGACCAAGAGCUUCUCGUUAGUACUUCUCUGUUUUUGUUCUGUUUUGUUUUGUUUGUUUUUUUUUUCUGGGGUCAAUUUGGACUCCAACCAGAAAAUGGGCCUCAAGCUGUAUAUUUUCUUGUAAUCUACAACUGACGGUUACAAUGAAAGAUUCUUGUACAUUAAGCGACAAAUUCGAAACCGUAUGUGAGUUAUUAUCACGUGGGGUCUCACUUGGACCCCAAUUAGGGUAAGGGUUACACGGUGCUUUUUUUUUUUUGGGGGGGGGGGGGGAGAAAAAGGAAAAAAAAAUAUAUGUCUUCGUACACGAACACUUAGGUUCCUAAUUUCAGUUGUAUUCUUCCUUUUCUAGAUAUUGACGAGUGCGCCCGCGAUACUGAUGACUGUCACAGUUCACGUGCUUCAUGCACAAACACAGCAGGGUCCUUCAGUUGUUCAUGUAACAAUCCUUACACUUGAAAUGGAAGAACUUGCAAUGUUCUAUCAGCAGGUAAUCAUUGUUGUACAGUUCGAGAAGCCUUGUUGUGCUAAAACAGCUCGACAGUCCAUGCAAAGAGUGAUUUUCUGUUUUGUCUAAGUAAGUCGGGCGCAUUUAUAUAAGGUGGAAAAUGUCUUAAGGGUAAUUUACUGUGGCCUAAAACAUGGCUGUUAAAACUCGGUUACCAUGAUAUCGUCAAUGAUGACGUACACACAUCAAGACGAUUUUAAAAUAUUUGCGGAGCUCUCGCACGUGCUAAGCGCGCGCAGCGAAGUUUCAUGGGUAAGAAAAAUUGAUUAUCUAUACAUCCAAGAAAUUUUAUAACAUAGCGCGCGUGCUUGCCCCUAUAUAAGUCCUAUUGAGCCACUAUGAACAAAAUCUUUAUUUACGCACGCCCGUGCGUAAAUAAGAUGACGUGAGCAUUUUUUUUUUAUCUGGCUGCAAAGUGCAGUUGUCGUCUUUUAAGCUGCAGUGCAGCUUUCCUUCUCUUUAAAAUAUGGAAGAAACCAGCGAAUAAUUGCCCAAUUUUUGUAUCGGCAUUGACCUUUUAUGUCCUGAUCCAACAAGUAGCAAAAAUAAAGCCGAAUUUAAAAAAACUCGCAAGUUACGCGUUUCGGAAGACCAGCUGCAGCAAAUUUUGGCCGAAAGACAUUCACUGGGAACAGAACAGACACCAACUGGUCAUCAACAACAUUUUUAAAAGGGUAAAAUUUCCUUUUUUAUUGUUGUUUUUAAAUUUGUUACGCACUUUUGUUAUCUCUGGACAAUCCGACUGAAGCAGGAAAAUUUCUCUCGCAAUAACAACACAAAUUACACAAGAAGAGAUAAAUUUAUUACUCACAAAAACAACUGCUGCUAGGUGUUCUCAAGAAGCCGUAAUGACCAGCCAAUGCACGUAAAUGAAUAUAAGUUUAAAGAAGGAUGACAGUCGUCUUCGCUAAAAACAUGUUUUCUGGAUUUCGCCGAGCAAAACGUAAACAUCUUUUCAGCAAAUCCAAACCAUACUCCACGACUUCUUACGAACAUGUUAGUAUUUUAACUUUAGGUGAACUUUAAGACUCUUUUACCUUUGUUUCUGCUUAGUUUCCAUUGAUCGUUAACGAAAAAAGAAGCACAUUUUCUUUCUCAGUUUUACAGAAAGAACAUUUUCAUUCAAACUAGACGAUUGUGGCGUGUUCGUAAUCAGCCAAUAGAACCGUUUGUUAUUGUGUAGCGGGUUACGAGAAUUUUGCAGUUAAUCAAAAAGCAAGCAUUUUUGUCAGCUAUGUUAUAAAAGAAUUUGCUCAUGCUUUUAGCUGUGCGUAUAUCGAGUUAUGGAUGCACUUGGGGAGUUUGGAGAGCACUCAAGAAGCUAGAGUUGCACUCGGCUAUCGCCUCGUGCAACUCUUACGCAUCUUUCGUGCUCUCCAAACUUCCCGCGUGCAUCCAUAACUCGAUAUACGCACGCUAAGCAUGAACAAAUUCUUAAUUGGUUCUGACAAAAUCGUAAGUACGUACGUGCGUCCGUCCGUUCAUAUUAGCAGAUGUGAAAUUUCUUACUAGCUUAAAUGUCCAAGGCAUAUACAAUUAAUUGUAUUUAAUCCAUUGGCCGAUGAGUUGUCCGUAACCGCCUGUGCCGCUUGUGACGUCAUCAGUUUUAAUGGUCAAGGACAACUUUGUCCACUGACUUGUGCAGAGACACGAAAUCUUUCAAACCAUAUCAGAAUGACCACAAUUCAGUCAAGAACACCGGAGAAAAAGGCGAAAAAAAAAACUUGACUUGAAAAUUUCCAUGAAAAUCUUGUUCCACUACCCACAUACCUUUCCUUUCAUCUUAAAGCUUUCCUAAAAACUUAUUCUUCCCACCAAAAUGAAGCCUACUAAAUGCCUAGCAAGAGAAAAAAACAUGAUGUAAGAAAAGCGAAAAAAGGGGGGAGAAGAGAAGGAGAAAAGUAUCUUGAAACUUUGCCUUCUGCGCAAGCCUGAACUUCGCAAGCUAAUAUUUUGCAUCUGCAGUCAGAAGGCCGCGAAGUGAACGACCUGCAAACGGCUUUGUGGUAAGUUUUAGCUCUUUACAGCAGGACAGUGACCAGGAAACCGCUCGACUAGCUUUGAAACUAUUCAACUUUUGUUUCUGUUAAUAAAUAAUACGGGGCAAAACAUUAAACUAGGAAAAGUAGUUGCGUUUGCAAUAGGCCAUUUUACAGUUACAGGUGACCUUGUUUUGAUACAACCCUUACUGCUUUCUUAUGCAAAUCAUGCUGUCCUUAUGCUAACUAGUAUUUUCAAGCAUAUUUCCAUAAGAAAACUAAAAGGAGGUUUAUAUGAAAACAAGGUCACCCUUAGCCUCGCAUUCACUCGAAGGCUAGGGUACUAAGCCCCAACUCAGUGUAAAGGGGUCUAUUAUAUUCCAUUUGACUACAGAAUGCCAGAAUUACGUGAGUCUCAAUACAGCUGACAGAAAGAUAACUUACCCAAAUCACAACCAUACCGUCCUGUGACAGUGGACUUGGACCAGGAUGGUUCCGUUUUGAGGGGUCCGCUGGGACAGAAAUGCCAACUUCGUGUCUACCUUAUGACAUGUGUGAUACCGAUGCAACCGCCUGGAUUAAUGGAAUUCACCCCACUGUAGCAGACGGUCAGGUCAGCAGGCAGGUGUGUUUUCACUGGACAUCAAGCUGCUGUGAAUGGUCAACAAACAUCAAAGUGAGAAAUUGUGGUUCAUAUUUUGUGUAUUAUCUUAGUGGUACACCUGCUUGUUCUCUCCGUUAUUGUGGAACUGACUAAACAAAAUGUGCAAACAAAAGGAUUGCCAUAUAACAUCACCUCAUAAAAUAGGGUUAAUCGAAUCAAAGAUAGACCAUCUUUAAGUACUGACAUUCAACAACUUGUUUUUACUUCUAACGUCGGCAAAAUGGUAGCGAAACGGAACAUGGCGUAAGUCAAACUAAGUUGAACAACAAGUUUAGGUUAUCGUGAAUAGAAAAUACAACUGUCUACUCUACUUAUGAAAUCAGAAAUAUACAAUCAUAUGGCACCAACAAUUCAAUAAUAAUAAUAAUAAUAACAACAAGAAAACCCAUAAGGCAGGGUGGCUAAGGGGCCGUGAUCAGAAUUGUAUUCUAACUUACGAAAAGCCAUAUAAAAGCUCAUAUAAUGUAAUGCCUACUGUUUCAAUGCAAAGGAGAUAUAAAUUUCAGUGAAAUCGGAAAAGGAAUGCAUAAAGAUUAUAUGUAGAGUCAACUCAGUCCUUUUGGACACUCGCUAUUACAAAUACUCUCAUACUUGGAAGAGCUAAAUUGUACGCUUGACUUAGGGGCUUUUUACAUGAUAUAGCCGCUUUCAUUCCGGAACGAGUUCAUCCAUCCCCAUCAAUUUCUUUGCAUCUGUUCAAACAAUGGGGAUACCGAGAUGAAAUUUUCUCCCCUUACUAGUCAUUCCGGUUUUCAUUCCGAAUGAAAUUUUCUUUCUGGUACGAAAUUUUAUUCUGGUUUCAUAUUAACUAAAAACAAACUUCUUUCCGCGGGAUUGAAAAUUGCAGGCGCGAAAACCACUCGAGCGAGAACGCCUUUGGUUGAGCGGUUUGGUUUUAUCAUAUGAAUGCACCACAGCUUCAUUCUGGAACGAAAAUCAAUCCGGAAUGCAAGUCAUUCCUGUAUCAUAUGAACAGCUCCUUUAAUAAACCUCCACUCAUACGUACCUACGUACGUAUACGUACUUACUCGUUGUCCCGAGGGUCAAUAGCAGGAGUUGACUGUACAAGGUUGAGCACAUAGGAGGAGGACUUUCUUUCCUGGGUGCCCGAGGAUACCUUUUCUUUCCAUUCCUGAUAGUUCGUGGCGAAAAACAACUCGAGAACGGUUUAUUAUGUAAACAUUGAUUUACGUCAUUAGAGUGGAACUUCUGUCGCCGAGUCGCAGACGUUCCUCCUCGCCAGACGUCCACAGCGGCGAUGAACGAAGAGAAACGACUGUUUUGCAGGCUACACUAACCUGCGCAAGCUCCAUUUGGGGAAGUCGCGAUAAUUUAUGCGAGAGUUGUACGCCCCUCGCGGCUUUGCCGCUCCCUCUCGCGUUCUCUCGAGGUUCGUUUCGCCCACCAUCAUAAUCGCAUGGAGAUCUUGCUCGCAGGCUACUUACUUCUUGACAACAAUAAGGGGAAAAUACCGUAUUUAAAAUUCCGUCCAGUUGUUUGAUGCUGUAGUAAUUAAUGUAACUAAAAUACCUUUUGCCAGUUGCUUUGACUUCUCAAGAUUGUUACACGUUAUCACUGGAAACCCUUCCACCCAAGCACGCCAUUUUGAAAAAAAGAAUGGGACAACUUUUGCGCAUCUACCGUAUAUGUUCACGCAUGAAUUGAUCAGUUAAUCACACUACUGUGGAACCUCGGUUUUAACGAGCCUCUAACGAAGUCCUUCGAAUAACGAAAGAUAUUCUUCGCCGCACUAAUGGUAAACAUAUAUGGUAAAGCACCUCGAGGCUCUAAGUUGCAAUCGUUUUUUUUUUGGGGGGGGGGGGAUUUUUUAACUGUUUCUGUCGAUAUCAGUUCGUGCAGUGUAUUUACUAAAAAUAAUUAUAAUUCUUUGAAUCAUGGCGAAUAGUGGCCUAACGAAACUUUAAAUCACCUGUUUACCUCAAUGUUGAAUAAGCAUUUGGUAAAGAUAGCGUUAAAGAAAUACUUGUAUAGUGUAUUUGUGAUUGUAAGAAAAUUUUGUCGAAAAAUGAUACUAAAAUGCGUUUUUUAAAAAAUUGUCGCUUUUUUAUACGCUGCUGCUGAGAAUCUUCCAGCUUUUCUAUGAUUAAUAAUACUUUGUCUUUCUCAUUUAUUUUAAAAAAGUAAAAUAAUCUUCUGAAUUUUGUUUAUGAAGAUAAAUUCUGGUGAAUGGACUAAAGCGAUUGUGUAACUGAAUUGCACAGUACUCAGCCGGAAUGCAGAUACAGUCGUGGAAAGCCCUGGAAAUUUUAAUCCAAAACAAACUUUUAAUUAUCUAAAUAUGGGUUCUGGUAGUUUACCAACUAUUUGGAAGAGUUUCCACCAUGGAACAAAUGUUAUUAAAUCGGAAACGGGGAGCGGGAAGCUGGAAACGAGCAACGGGAACCUUGGGGAAAUGAAAAAAUGGGAGCAAAACCCGACUGGAACUUUAGCUCUAUCAGGAUUACCGGUAACGUAACUUUUAGUUUUUCCUUUUACGUGCUCGUUCCCCGCUCUCCGUUUGAGGAAUAUUCCCACGAAACCCAUAACAUAUCCCCUUGAACCACAUAACAUCAGCGUUGUCUGUGACUCGGAAAUCAUCUGUCAGAACCUGGCAACUAAAAACAAACCUUUCGCAAGGAAAUCCAAAGCCGUACGACCUCUGUGUCAUAAAUAUAGGAUUUCCGUAUCAUCACUAGAAUCGCAUUACAUUGGCCACCAAAGACUGCAGGGGAGGUAAAGGAUACGUAGUCAGACGUAGUCUCAGUGUACCAAACAAGCUCUUUUAUGAUGGAGGACAAAAAGGAACUCUCACAUUCCUGUGAAUCUCGCAAACUUUCGUCAAAAUUUGUUUUUCCUGUUUCUUUUGUUUCGCUGCUUAUUUGCCUUACUGCUUUAGUCCGAGUAGAGAUCAUAAACCAGCGAGUUCAUGCUAUUGAAGAUUUGAUAGCGGAAGUACAUGUACAUCAAGCAUCGAAUCAAGAAGCUACCAAAGGUGGUUUAUACUUAAUCAAGUCUGCUGGUAGUUUUGGAUAUAACUGGAAUACAAGACAACAAUGGAAGGAAUACACAGACGGUAAAGUGAACACAUUUACUACGCUACAAAUUUAGCUCUGUAACCAACAUUUAUCCCAUUUGCUUCCUGAAUUUAAAACAAAGAGACUUUAUAUUCUACAAUGGAAUUUGUUACCUCUAGAUAAUCAAAUUUGUUAAUUACACCAAUUCUACUUCUCGGUUUAUCUUAAAAUAAUUAUGAUCAAGAUAACUUAGAAAGCCUAACCCAUAGGAGAUGCCUAUUUCAGUUAGUUUCAUUUUUCCACGUAGAAAAACCUUAGUGGUAAUUACACACCGAAAAACAAACCGAAAGAGUUGGAACCUGAUCGCCAUGAUACUAGCGGUCACGUCCCCUUACUUAUUAACCAUUCACAUUGGAAUAAAGUCAAAAGCCUGCUACUCUCGCCUUUUCGUAGAAAAAUCAUCGGGAAAUUUUAAUAAAACGUGCUUUAGCCGUAGGAAAUGUAGGAGGCCAGGGAUUAAAAUAACAAGAGCCGAAACAAACUGGAACGUUAAGCAUUGAGUUCUCUUGAAGGGGUCAGUCUGGUUAAAAGCAUUAGGUUUCGUUGAAAAUUUCUAGCGAAGAUUUCAUUCAAUCAAAACAUGAUUAAAUCAAGUUGGAGUCCUUAAUCCAAUACUUUUUUGAGAAUUUAUGGAUGAUUUUUCGAAUGUUUUUAAUUGCGCGGAUAAAAAUUAGGGGGAGAGGUGUUUAAAAUUUUUGAAAAAUGGAAAAUAUUGGAUUUGGGGGUUGUUUUAAACAUGAAGUGAAUAAUUAGUAGACAAUUACCAGAUAGUCCACCACCAUAACAAGGUGCCUCUGAUCCCAUUAGCGGACUCAGAACUGGUUUACUGUAGACCUUUUCUACCCUAAUUUAUUUCCUUCCCAAAUCAACAUCAUCCCCCCCCCCAAAAAAAAAAAAAAAAAAAAAAAAAAAAAAAAAAAAAAAACGUAAUGCCCCCUCAAGGGCGAAUUCUAACGUCCUUUUAGAAUGUAUGUCAUUAUAAAACAUGGUGAAUGGAGGUCAGUUCAUAAAGCUAAUUGGAAUUGGCAAAGGAGAUUAAUUGAGGGUACCAUUUUGUGUAUGGACAUGACUUGUCUUCCCUUCAAUUCGCGCCAACGUUGCGGUUGGGAUAAAAUGCCAAAGAAUAUAAUUUCAAUUCCAUUUCAACAUUUUUCUAAUAAUUGAAUUCAACAAUGGCGACCUGAGUAUUGUGUACGCAUGUAUUGUUGAUCUCGUUUGAUACUCGGCGUUAUUCGGUCAAACUGCGAUCGAUACUCGGAUGAGGCGUCGUGUCCGGGUGGUAUACGGAAAAGAUGUAUUGGAUCCAUGAGCGGUAUGGAAACGUUUCAGCGAUCGGCUCGCUUCAGGUCGAAACUGACGGAAACAGCUUCCUUUAAAACUCAGUAAAAGUGACUAAGUUAAUUCAAUCCAGUAUUUGUUCACUACCAUUAACAGUUAAGUGUAUUUUAUCGGCAGAUAACAUUCAAAGGUUGAGAACCCGUCGUUUGGCUUCUGACAGUCUAGCAGAUCAAAGGGUCACUAUCGAAGCAGUCAAAAGGGAGAUAAACAAGACCUUACUUUCACUAACACCACAAGUUUUUUGUUCAAAGAAUGAAAAAAUAUGUUUGCAUGGUCCGCCCGGAAGGCAGGGUCCUAAAGGAUCACGUGGUCGAAGGGGUCCUCGUGGAGUCACAGGAAGAAAAGGUGUAAGGGGAGAAACAGGGGAUCCAGGGACACACGGAAUACAAGGACCUGUUGGUCCACACGGGCUGAAAGGAGAGCAAGGUGUUAAAGGAGAACCGGGACCUAGGGGAUUUCCUGGUGCGAAGGGAGAACCGGGAGAAUCAAUUUCAUCCCCGGUGGUUACGAUAUCACCUAUGAAACUAACUGUCAGGGAGAACCAGAAUGCGGUGUUCCAGUGUUCCGCGACCGGAAAUCCACGACCAACGAUCACGUGGUCACAGGCCCAUGGGUCUGGCUUGUCGGAUAGCCUCCAAUUUGAGCCAAAUGGAAAACUGGUGGUGCGUAAGGUGACUCUUGCAGACUCUGCAAGAUACAUCUGUGCUGCAAGGAGUGCACUUGGUUCGGCAAACAUCUCCGCUAGUCUGCAGGUUGAAGGUAAACCAUUGAGAGUCUGGUAGUGUAAUGUCUGUUUUAUCGGUCUUAAUUAUGACAUUGCACUCCUUGUUUCAUGAAUUACGCUUAAGAAUAAAGAAUCCAAUCUGGUAAUUACAAUUUAGCUGACGCUAUUUAUCUUGAUUGAAUUAUAAAUACUUUUAUUUAUUUAGCUCCUCCUCGCAUUCAGCUAGCCCCAGGUCCCACACAUGCUAAAGCAGGACAAAACAUCAGGCUCCCUAAAUGCCAUGUGACUGGAUUUCCCGCACCUGCUGUGACCUGGAGAAAGUUAACCGGCUACCUCCCAAGGAACAGAGCUAUAUUCCACACAGGAUACUUAACUGUGCAAGCUGCCCUGACCAGCGAUUCGGGGCCUUAUGAAUGCACAGCCAGAAACCGUCUGGGACAAGCGUCUAAGAUAACGACUCUGGUCGUUUGGUCUAGACCAAAGUUCACCGUAAAACCACCUAGCGUGGUUACAAAAGUUCUCGGCGAAGAUUUGUCUCUAGACUGCACUUCUACGAGUCAAGCCUCAGUUUCGUGGAGACGUACCGGAGGAGCCUGGGAGAAACGACGAAUGAAAGUGGAAAAUGGAACGCUAAAGAUCUCCUCACUCAGGAUGUCUGAUUUUGGGGAUUACAUCUGUGAAGCGAAACUUUUAACAUUUUAUAGCAUCCAAACAAAGACUACACUCGAUCUAGGUAAGAAUAACGAUGUAAAGGUCGCAAAAAAUUGUUGACUCAAUGAAUGAUAUCUUUACUUGUGUGUGAAUACAAGACUAGAUUUUUGACUAAAAUGUCUUGAACGAUUGACAGUUUUUUCUUCAGCCGGUAGGUGGUUCCGGUUUGGGACUAAAAGUCCAUUUUCAGUUGAUGCAUCAAUAGCUGGGUCACACUACAGACUUUUUACCUAGGUAAACACGACUUGUUGAAAGUUUACCUAGGGAAACUUCAUUUUUUAAGUGUGACCGAUUUUUCCCCAGGUAACUUACCUCGGGAAAAUUUUAUCGUCUGGGCCUUGGAUAUGUCUCGAAAACAAUAGAGUUUCCCUUGACAGCUACCCCAAAGCAAUAGCUAGGGAAAAAUGAAAUACCGAGGUUGCUAGCCAAUAGACGCUCAUCGGCGAAGGUCUUGAUGACAGAACCGGACAUAGAUCACGCUGUGAAAGAAAUUUUGGGAGCACGAAUCGUCUACGUCUUCGCCUUUCUUCACCUUGCAUGUUGAAUUAGCGUAAGAAAUGGCAGCGAGAUAAGAGAAAAAAACCUCUCUUUGAUCAGCUAGAUCCCUCCGCAUUUUGCCUUCUUGAAUUUACGCUCCAGAAAAUUCAACUGGCGCUGAAACUUUGGGAGCCGAUAUCAGUAGUGUGACCUUCCCAGAAUUUUUACCUAGGUAUAACAAAACCCGAGAUGAAUUUACCUUGGCAGAUGUUUGAUGAAUCUGCUCUAGGUAAAUCGGUUUUACCUAGGUAAAAGUCGUGCGUUAAACCAAAUGACAGUUAAAUAAGGUAAGAUAGCCACAUCUUAUAAAGCAACCAGUCAACCUUUGUACCAAGAGAGUUUUUUUAAGGCACACAACGUAUUUUACGCUGGACGAGAGAAUCUACCUAGGAUUUAGACUUUGGACAACAAUAUAAGUGCCGGAUCCAGAACUUGAUAAAAGAUGGUCCUUUCGCAAUACACCCUGGAUAUAAUGUAAUUGCGUCAAGUAAGAACUCAUAAACUGUGAUGUUGCGAUUGUGUUAGCCACUUAAACAUGCAACAAGUUGUUAUCAUAUCCAAGAAUACAUCAAACUACCACUUUUAAAAAUCUUACAACAACUUUAACUACAUGUUCAUAUGCAGAUAUCGAUGAAUGUUCUGCCAACACUCACAGCUGUGACGUCAAUGCAAUGUGUAGCAAUACUUUAGGUUCGUACGCAUGUUCCUGUAAAGCAGGAUACUCAGGCGAUGGAAGGACAUGCACUGGUAAGUUGUAUGACGUAAUAAAGAAACAAACUGUAUAAGAUUUAGUUGCAGGUUAAGAUGUGGAACGAUUGCAUCUACAGUAAAUCUUACGAAUGAGCUUUCAGUGUUUAGGCUCCUCCAGCUCUCUCAGCUGUGACGAUUAUGUAUAUUGCAGCUUGCAGCAGCUCAGAAACGUACAUAGAGAAAAUACCUUUAGAGAAUAGUGCAUCUUUGGUUAUGUAGAUUUAUAUGAAUGCAUUUCCAGAAUAUCAAUCCUUACAAAAAUAAGGACAAUGAUUCGGUGGAGUAAUUAUUACAAUUAAAACUGCAUAGAGUAAUGCAUCAGUCAAUUCCAGCUGCACCCAGCCCCCCCUUCCAGGGCUACUGUGGGGCAUUUGACAGCUUUGUCAGUCCCGGGGGUGGGGCAUUUGCAAAUUUUGUGUUGCCCGGGGGCUGGGCAUUUGCCAACCCCGGGGCCAUUCCCCAGCUUUUGACACGCACGCGGUUUUCUAUCAGAAUAUAACUACACAGUGGAUUUUACUGGGAGAGAAAGCGGGUUGGCUCAUCUGCCAAGGACAGGAAAAAAUUGAAGAGGGUUGUAAAGGCAUGUUGACUGAUGCAUACCUAAACCUUUUGACGUUCUUCCGGCGAAUAAUAUACAAGUGAACUCUUAUCUUGAAAUACGAGCAAACCAGGCAUGUGUGGUCGCAUUGUGUACCUUGUUCUCUACCGAUAAUCUUGUUUUUCCUAUGAAAUAUUAAUUUCACCGUGUCAUGUUUUGCGGCAUGAAAAUCAUCCAAUGGAGAUGUUUAUAAUUAAAACGUUAUACAAUCCUUCAAAAAGCCUCCUGGGUAUAUGUACGUAUAGUGUCCGUAUCAUAGAGAUUCCACUGUAAUGAUAGGUUUUGAAUCAUAAUCAGUUUUACGUAUUCGUAGAAUUAUGCUUCAAAACCUAUCAUCACAGACGAAUCUCUAUAUGAUACGGACACUACAGUGUCAGUCGUGCCAAUUAAAGAGGUAGGGAAUGUAUAAGAUCUGGCAUCCCCUAGGACCAAGAGAACUGUCCGUAUUAAUUAAACUGAAAUUUGUCCUCAUUUUAGAGGUGUCCGUAGGGAGAACUUUGACUGGCUGUCAUUCAUUCUGAUAAAAAAAGAUUCAGGAGAUGAUCACCAAAACGUUUCAUCCGAUAUCUGUACAUUUAGAACUGUGAUUCCAUCAAGGUGUUAAAUUCGAGUUACAUACUAGGCUAUGAUGCCUAAUAAAUUAUAUACAAAGCUUGAAGAGAACACCGCACUUUAACUAUCGACCAGUUACAGUGUAGUCAGCUAUACCUCACACAACUGUAAUUAUGUGUUCUCAUGCAGAUAUCGAUGAGUAUUCUACCAACUCUCACAGCUGCAACAUCAAUGCGGUGUGCAGCAAUACUGUGGGGUCGUACGCAUGCGUCUGUAAGGCAGGAUAUAUAGGUCGCCCAUGUAAGGGAAUCCCAGACAGUCUUUGAUUCUAGAUUUCAUGUCGUUGAUUCCGGAUUCCAGCUACUGGAUUCCAGUCUUUGUCAGAGUGGAAGUUAGAUUCUGGAUUUCGAUCGUUAGUGGGACUUAGUUAGUGGCUGUAUUCCGGAUUACAACAGCACAAAUUUCCGGGAUUCCAGAAUCAGGAUUCCCUGACAUGGGGCUAUACAGGUGAUGGAAGGACGUGCCCUGGCGAGUGAGUUUUGUUUAGACUGCGAGCAGACUCUUUGCAAAAACUAGAGGGCUUUUAAGAGAAAAGGCGGUGGACUGCAAGCAGUCUAGCUUUUGCUUUGUUGUGUUUCUUGCAUUGGUUGUUUUUCUAUAUGCAUUGAACUUAGAUACAAUGUAUUACUAUAAGUUCACGUACGUCUAUCACUUACAUUCUUGAGUUUAUGAUAAUAAGUUCGAUUGCUGUUAAUUUAAUCCUGUUAUACCUAGCUAUUUGCUAAGCAGGCAAUCGAUUACAAUAAUGAAAAGUAGUGCGCUCGCGGUACUCACGCAAUGUAUACGUAACAGCUAAUCGCAUUGGCUUCAUUUCAAUGCAUUUCAGUAAACUAUUACAUUUUAAUUUUACGGCAGGUAUGUUUAAGAUUUAGGCUUCAUUCUAGAGAUACAUGUAGCAAGCGACAGGACUAAGUAGAUGGCCAUGUCGCCGGAAUCAAAUCGGAAAAAUUUCAGAACUUGUUCGUACACACUUUCUUUCUAACAUUAGGACAUAUCAUAUCAAGUUAGCACUUUAUGCCAUAAAGGAAUCUCGUAAAGUUCGAUUUCUGUUGUAAUAUGGUGGAAAGAUGUUCAUCGGUAAAAUGAAUUUUGUAGGCUACUUACAAGUAUCAUCAACAAACACAGUGGUGGACUUUCGUGAAAACCGUGGGCUCUAAGCUCAAUUUUCUUUUUUGUGGAACCAGUAACGAGAGCCUCGACUCUUGUGCCGCGUCAACACAUUUUUUUUGGUCAGUAAAACAGCAAUUUUUUUAAACUAUCCUCAAACAAAAGGCUUCACAAAAAGAGAAAAAUGCAUACCUUCCGGGUGCUUCAAGCACCAAAAAGAUCAGAGAUCCACCCCUUGUAAUUGACUGUGAAGCAGCCAAAUGGAAAGAAAAGGGGGAAGAUAACAUUUGCUUAAUCAGCACUAGGAGUCCAAAACAGACUUGCCAGUUAAGGACAAAAUGAAGGAGUAAACAUGGUGGAAAAGGAAAAACUUUACUAGUCACUAAAGAACAGGGAUUUCGUCGACAGUAACAAUAACUUUGGAAAAAUAAUGCUUAAUCAAGUGUAAUAUAUCCAGUGGUAAAAAAUAAUUAAAACCUUCUUUUUAAAAACGCAACUUUGGAAGAACUUGGCCACCAAAACUUGGUUGCCAUGGUUACGUCAAUGUGGACGCAUUCGUCACGACGACUUUCUAAAAUGAUUUUUAGGAAACGCCACUAAGUUUAGUGGUUAUAACUUGAACGGUUUGGAAGACAUUCAUCUUCAGAAGUUCCCCCCGGUCUGAAUAGCUCAUAGAAGGCCAUAGCCACCCACUUUAUCACGAGUAUCAACUUAGUGAUACAUGACGUCCAACACAGUUUUGCGUUUGAAUUAUACAAUCAAACUCUUUAAACGUAGGCCAGUGCGAUUUUACUUGUAGUGGAGUAACUUCAUUCAUCUUUUUUUUUUUGUUUUAGACAUCGACGAGUGUUCUACCAACUCUCAUAUCUGUGACGUCAAUGCGGUGUGCGGCAAUACUGUGGGCUCCUACACAUGCGCUUGCAAACCAGGAUACUCGGGUAAUGGAAGGACAUGCUCUGGUAAGUUGAAUAGUGCUAUUUACAAACAAAGUGUUUAUGCUAAAUUUGUCUUUAGCAGUAUCUCAAGCAAUUACCCCACGUAAAAACCCAUAAAAUCUGAUGACUCUAUUGUGUGUAACCCAGUUAAACAGGCAACGAUGGGUAUUCAUAUCUAAAAACACAUCAAACCAAAAACUAAGCUACACGAGAUUAAUUUCUAAAAACAGAUAAAGUUGUUUAUCAUGUACAUACCAUACCGAGAUUUAGGCGCCAAAAUCAUCGAGUUAAAAAUAGUCUCUUCGCGCUAGAGAAGCCAGCUGAUUGGUCAUACCAUUUUUUUCACUAGUGAAAAAAGACGUAUCGACGCAAUGAUUGGCUAUAUCAUUAUUUUCACUAGUGAACAAAACCGUGUGGCUCGCUCGCUGCUCCAUAUUUGGAAACCUUAGUGAAGGAAAUCCAUUUUCAACAAAGUUGCUGCCGCGCGAUCACCAUGCGGUAGUUUUAAGAACAGCUUCAUUUCAAUUUUAAAAAUACCCCUUUAAAAGACAAAAAAUGGAAAGAGAAAGUUUAAAAGAAUGCUAAGUUUUCUUCUUGUGGAGCCAGUAACGAGAGCCUCGACUCUGUACCGCGUCUAUACUACUUUUUGGUUAGUAAAACUGCAGAUCUUUAAAACUAUCCUCAAACAAAAGGCUACACAAAACAAGGAAAAAUUCUUUCCUUCUGGAUCCUUCAAGCACAGAGGAUCCGAGAUCCACCCCUUGUAAUUUGUUGUGAAACAGCCAAUUGGAAAGAAAAGGGGGAAGAAAACAUUUGCUUAAUCCGCACUAGAAGUCCUCCAAAACAGACUUUGCCCGUUAAGGACAAAAUGAAGGAGUAAACAUCGUAGCCAGGGGAAAAAUGUCUUAUAGGCAAUUGCUAAAUUCCCCUUUUUAUAACCAAGAACGAGAAGUCCAAAGACUACUGCAAAGCUGAUUUUAGACAACGUGUAUUGUUUUUUAUAACAAUAUUUCGGCUGGCCAUACCAGCCUUCUUCAGGUUUUUUUAUACUUUUACACCAAGGUUAAAAUAUAUUUUGUGGAAGAAUUUGGCCACCAAAACUUGGUUGCCGUGGUUACGUCAAUGUAGACGUAUUCGUCACGACGACUUUCUAAAAUAAUUUUUAGGAAAAGCCACCAAGUUUAGUGGUUAUAGCUUGAACGGUUUGGAAGACAUUCAUUUUCAAAAGUUCCUCCCCGGUCUGAAUCGAAUAGAGCGUAGAAGGCCAUAGACACCCACUUUAUAAUGGGUAUCAACUUAGUGAUACAUGACCCCCAACGCAGUUUUGAGUUUGAAUUAUACAAUCAAACUCUUUCAACGUAGACCAGUGUGAUUUUACUUGUAGUGGAGUAACUUUAUUUAUCUUUUUUUUUGUUUUAGACAUCGACGAGUGUUCUACCAACUCUCACAGCUGUGACGUCAAUGCGGUGUGCGGCAAUACUCUGGGUUCUUACACAUGCGCUUGCAAACCAGGAUACUCGGGUAAUGGAAGAACAUGCUCUGGUAAGUUGAAUAGUGUAAUUUCAAAACAAAGUGUUUAUGCUAAAUUUGUCUUUAGCAGUAUAUGAAGCAAUUACCCCACGCAAAAACUCACAAAAUCUGAUGACACUACUGUGUGUAACCCAGUUAAACAGGCAACGAUGGGUGUUCAUAAAAAUACACCAAACUAAAAACUAAACUUCACCAGAUGAAUUUCUAAAAAUAUAUCUAAAGUUGUAAAGAUAGUUUCUUUUAUGUGAAGACUUGUAACGUAUUUAAUGAAUAUUUAUGUAUUGGUUUCUUGAAUAUAUUACCUUACAAGCUACUAAAAAAUUCGAGUGUAAGCAUAAUAAAAAUUAUGUAUGUAUGCAAACUACUAGCUUUUAAAUUUUUGUAAUUGUAACAUUUUUGUAUGUAGAUAUCGACGAAUGCUCUACCAGCUCUCACAGCUGUGACGUUAAUGCGGUGUGUAGUAAUACUGUGGGAUCUUACGCAUGCGCAUGCAAAGCAGGAUUCACAGGAGAUGGAAACACCUGCAGUGGUGAGCCGUUUAAGUCUAAUUUAAAAUGUUUGUUUUGAUAUGUUUGUUUUUUGAAUAAACCGGCAACAACGGCAAUAUAACAUUCUUUAUUUGUACUCUUCUUGCCCUUCCAAUAAAGUUUGGGUUGGAUGGGAAAAAAAUUACAGUAAAAAUGACCGCUUGGAGUAAGCGAACAGACGAAGCGAUGUCAAGCAGUCAGAUUAUGUAAGCAAUAAAGUACAGGCGCCGGUUGUACAAACGCUGGAUAGCGGUAUCCAAGACAUAAAUCACUAUUCAGUAGGUUAGUAUGAGGUAAGCAAUUGCGCUAUCCACUGGAUAGAGAUUUAUCGACUGGAUAGGGUUAUCCAUCUUUUGAACAACUGGGGCCAGGUCGGCAAGAUGCGCAAAGUCGUAAAAUGUGCGUAAGUGCGAUAAUUUUUUUUUGUCCAAUAAGUGCAGCAAUAUAGAUUAUUCAAACCUGCGAUCAAUUUCCUUUUAUCAAGCUUAAUAAAAUUAAUUCUGUUUAACUUGUUUCCCCUUUACAAACAAAACGGUUACAAAGGUUAUUAUUACGCUUACUUGUAUUGUUCCCUUUAUGUAGACAUUGACGAGUGCACCCGCGGUACUCACAACUGCCAUAGUUCACUUGCUUCAUGUACAAACACAGUGGGAUCCUUUAGUUGUUCAUGUAACAGUCCUUCCAGCGGAGAUGGCAGAACUUGUAAUCUACCAUCAGGUAAUCAACUCGCCGAAUAUUAGGAAGAUGUCCAUUUACUAGACCUCUAUUCGGAGAUGGCAAAACUGGCAUUAAUAUUCCAUACGGUAAUUAUUAUCACCAAUAAUUAGGAACGUCUCAAUUCACUAGACCCUUAUUUACACUCGUUAGAAGCAUGUUACUUUAACCUUGAUUGUUUAAAGAGGGUUUCAGUUAAAUGCAAAUAUUACCCAGAUCUCUUGUCGACGAAGCCGAAAGCGAGAUCUGGUCAAUUAAUCAAAUUCAAUUCUCUUUUUUAUUAGCCACUCAAACUGCCUAAAAAGUAUAUGUAUUGCGGGAAUGACAUGAGUAUUGUCAUCAGCACGAGCUAUGGUUUCAGCAAUUCAUUCUUUACAAAAUC